GUUUUCCUCGUCAACGGAUAUGUUAUUGUCACCAAUCUGAAAACAAUAUACAUACACACACAAAAAUGUUAUAUAAACCAACAAAAAUUCGUGCUUUCAUGCAAUAAGUCACAUAUGUUACAAAUAACGAACAUGGCUACACCUUUUCUGCUUCUUCUACUUCCUUUGAUAUUCUCAACUGUUCUCCUUCUUACCAUCACCGUAACACAAUCCAAACCUUACUCCAAAACGACUCCGUUUCAAGGAAAUAAGCCGGAUAAACUCACACACCUCCACUUCUACUUCCAUGACAUCAUCUCCGGUGACAAACCCACCACCAUCAGAGUCGCUGAAGCCCCGGGAACAAACUCCUCCGCCACUGUAUUCGGUGCGGUUCUUAUUGUUGACGCCCCGGUGACUGAGGGACCUGAGCUGAGCUCGAAGGAAGUGGGGAGAGCUCAGGGGUUGUACGCAUCGACGGACAUGAAAACGUUUGGUUUUACAAUGGUCUUUAACUUUGUGUUCACGGAAGGAGAGUUUAACGGCAGCACCGCUGCGUUGUAUGGACGGAAUCCGAUACUGCUGGAGGAGAGAGAGUUGCCGAUCAUCGGAGGUACCGGCGAUUUCAGGUUUGCUAGAGGAUAUGCACUGCCAAAGACUUAUAAGGUUGUAAAUAUAGAUGCCGUGGUUGAGUAUAAUGUCUUCAUUUGGCAUUAACUUUUGGGAUUUGUUUAUGUAAUUCGAAAAUAAAUUGUUUCACUUUGCUCUCUUUUUUCUUUUGGUUGUGGAUCUCCUUAAUAGUUUAAAAGGUUUAGUUUGAAAUAAAUCUCGACUUGAGAUGUGUAAAUGUAUGUUUGGACGUGUGAGUGUCUUCGGACGAAAGGGACGGUGUAGCAAAAUUUUGGUUAGUGAAUUGUAUGUAUGUUUUAAUUAUGGUUGUUGUUAGGUCAUGAAUUCGGUUCGAUCAGAAUAAACCAGAACGGUUUGAAUUUGGUUUAGAUAUGAAAAUUUCGUC